GUGUGUCUGUGAUACAGGUAUGCAUGCAGUUUAUAAAAGUCUGUGGGAUUUUGUGAGGAUCUGUGAGACCAGAGAUUGUUUCUCAGCAGGGUCAGCUGCCCUUAUACUACAGGUCUAUGUGAAGAUGAACGAGAAUUCGACUCAGCAGAGUUAUUGGCAGGAGAUGGGCAGAUGGAUGGGCUACGAAGAGACAUAUGAUGUGGAGGCCGGACGCUGGGGCCCGUUACACAUCUCGUAUCUCACCUUCAACAGCCUGGUGCAGUUACGCAGGACAAUGAACACUGGUGUGGUGAUGCUGGACAUAGAGGAGAAGAUCCUCUCUAGUAUCUUGGAGAAGAUUGUGGAUGCUCUGGUUGACAAAAGAGAGAUCCUGGCAGGGGACAGAGAUAAGGUUCUUCAGGCAUUAAUGCACAAGCAAAGUCAGUCAAUGGAGAGCCAGCCUCUGACAUCAGGUGUGGAAAUGGAAAAAUUCUCAGUCACAGAGAAAAGGGACACAGCUGACAGUGCAGAGGCUUCAAUGGUGCUUGUAGGUGCUCUGGAAUUCCUGGAGAGGCCCACGGUGGCAUUUGUGCGUCUCCGGGAUGCCGUUGUGCUAGAAUCGGCCCUGGAAACUCGUGUGCCUGUGCGAUUUAUUUUCAUCCUUAUUGGUCCUACCAAGAAUGACAUGAAUUAUCAUGAAUGUGGCCGGGCAAUGGCAGCGCUGCUGGCUGAUAAAGUUUUUAAUCAGGUAGCGUUUCAGGCUCAGAGUGACAGUGAGCUGACUGAUGCUGUGACAGACUUCAUGGACUGCUGUAUAGUCAUCCCUCCCACUGAGAUUCCAAAUGAGUCCAUGCUCACGCCACUCAUUCCCUUCCAAAAGAAACUCCUGCAGGAGAGACUCCGCCCCUCCGAUCCCAAGCUCCGCCUAGAUGUCAAACCUUGCAAACCUUCGCAAUGCUCAGUGCCUCCAGCAGAGGAUCCUCUAGCCCGUACAGGCGUCCCAUUCGGUGGCAUGAUCAGAGACUUCAGGAGGCGCUACAAACACUACACCAGCGACAUCAAGGAUGCCCUGAAUGUUCAGGUUGUGGCCGCAAUCAUCUUCAUCUACUUUGCUGCGCUCUCGCCUGCCAUCACCUUCGGAGGCCUCCUUGCUGAUAAAGUGGAAAACAUGAUGGGCGUCUCAGAGCUGAUGAUCUCCACCUCAGUGCAGGGGAUCAUCUUCUGUCUCAUCGCCGCUCAACCUGUGCUGGUUAUUGGCUUCUCUGGACCUCUGUUGGUGUUUGAAGAAGCCUUUUAUACUUUCUGUAAGUCUAAGGGCAUCGAGUAUAUCGUAGGCAGAGUGUGGGUUGGGGCGUGGCUGGUGGUCAUCGUCGUGGCGAUUGUUGCCGUGGAGGGAAGCUUCCUGGUGCGCUUCAUUUCCCGCUUCACUCAAGAGAUCUUCUCCAUCCUCAUCUCCCUCAUCUUCAUCUAUGAGACUUUUUCCAAGCUCGGCAAGGUUUUCAAAGAACAUCCUCUCAUGCUGAAUUACAAUCAUCUGAACGGUACAGCUGAAGACCCUUGGCACACUGUUGUCAGCUAUCAGAGACUCGUGGACAACUUUACAGGCAAUGUGACUGUUUUGAGGGACGUUGUACACCGGGCGUAUCCCAACACGGCUCUUCUGUCCAUGUGUCUCAUGUUUGGCUGCUUCUCCUUAGCUUACUAUCUACGCAUGUUUAAGAAUGGCACAUUCUUGCCAGGCAAGAUUCGACGUCUUCUUGGUGACUUUGGAGUCCCCAUUGCCAUUUUCCUUAUGGUUGCUGUUGAUAUUAACAUUGAGGAUGCAUACACACAGAAACUAGUGGUGCCUAAGGGUCUGCAGGUGUCCAACCCUAAGAUGCGCGGCUGGUUCAUCAACCCGCUGGGCGAACACAAGUCCUUCCCUGUGUGGAUGAUGUUUGCAAGUGUUAUCCCAGCCAUGUUGGUCUUCAUCCUCAUUUUCCUCGAGUCUCAGAUCACGACGCUAAUUGUGAGUAAACCAGAGAGAAAAAUGGUCAAGGGUUCUGGUUUUCACAUGGAUCUUCUUAUCCUGGUGAGCAUGGGGGGUCUAGGGGCCAUAUUUGGCGUUCCCUGGUUGAGCGCUGCGACUGUACGCUCCGUAUCCCACGCCAACGCCCUCACCGUCAUGAGCAAGGCUCCGAAGCCUGAGAUUGAGAAGGUUCUGGAACAAAGAGUCAGUGGCGUAGUAGUGGCCUUGCUUGUUGGUCUGUCCAUCCUCAUGGAGCCCAUUCUUAAAAUGAUUCCAGUCACAGCUCUGUUCGGGAUCUUCCUCUACAUGGGAAUCACAUCCCUCAGUGGGAUCCAGCUAUGGGAUCGAAUGCUGUUACUCCUCAUCCCCAAAAAGUAUCACCCCAAUGAACCCUACGUGACAAGAGUUAGCACCAGUAAGAUGCAUGUGUACACUGCUAUACAGAUUGGAUGUUUGGUGAUCCUGUGGGUGGUCAAGUCGAGCCCUGUAUCACUGGCUCUGCCCUUUGUCCUAAUUCUUACCAUCCCUCUGCGCAUGUUCAUGACUGGACGACUGUUCACCGAGACAGAGAUGAAAUGUCUCGACGCUGACGGUGCCAAAGUGACGUUUGAGGAGGAGCCGGGAGUGGAUGUGUAUAAUGAAUCUCAGAUGCCACUGUAGAUGCUUCCAUCUGCCAUCAAACUCAUUUCAUCUCUUUGUGUGAUCAAAAAACAUGUGCAAUUAAAUAUAUUAAA